AUGGCUCCCUCUGCUGUCUCGGCUCCCGAGCCCCCCACCACCACAAUGGCCAUCAAAUCCACCAAACCAGCCAACCCGAACCCGGACCUCGAAGUCGAGAAAAAAGAAAAGACCCCCCUCGAAGCAAUCAGCCAAGGCGUCUGCCUCCCCGGCAUUCCCAAAUACGUCUCUUUCGAUGCGCACCGCCGCGACAUGUUGCAACACAUGGCCGGCGCCUUCCGCGUCUUCGCACGCAAAGGCUACACCGAAGGCAUGAGCGGCCACAUCUCCGUCCGCGACCCCGAAAAUCCACAUACCUUUUGGACAAACCCACUCGGCAAGCAUUUCGGUCUGCUCAAAGCUUCAGAUAUGAUUCUGGUCGAUUAUGAGGGUAAAGCUAUUGGAGGCAAUAUGUCGCGUCCUGCUAAUGCGGCUGGGUUCUUGAUUCAUUCGGCCGUGCAUAAGGCCAGGCCUGAUGUUAUUGCUGCGUGUCAUACGCAUUCGCCUUAUGGAAAGGCUUGGAGCACUUUUGCUAAGCCCUUGGAGAUGUUGAAUCAAGACGUCUGCUAUUUCUAUGGCGAGGCGCAGGCGGUGUAUAAAGAGUUUGGUGGUGUUGUGCUUAAUGAGGAGGAAGGUAUUAAGCUUGCUAAUGCUCUGGGACCAAAGGGCAAAGGCAUGAUUUUGAGAAACCAUGGCUUGUUGACUGUAGGCACUACAGUUGAUGAAGCUGCGUAUCUUUAUACGCUCAUGGAGAGGAGUUGCGAGGUUCAAUUGCUUGCUGAGGCGGCUUGUGCCAGUGGCAUCGAGAAGGUCAUUGUGCCUGACGAGUCUGCUGAGUAUACCUUCAGGAUGGGCGCUGACCCUGACUCUCUUUACGAAGAGUUCCAGCCUGACUUGGAAUACGAGGAUGUCAUGACGAAUGGCGAUUUCAGGAACUAA